CCCCUUGUCGGCUUCAAGCACGAGGUCGAUGCAGACGGAUACGACGUACCUCGAGAACAGUCGCUGCAGAUAAACUCCUGCAGACGUCUUCCGGUAGUUCGGUUUGCAUGCCAGCCUUACGCCGCCUCUUCUGCAACAACUUCAGAACUGACCACCAUCGGCGACCGCAACAGAGACCGCAGAAUGCUCGGUGCUAAUGCAUCUCCAGCGCCUCUUGGGCCUUAUAGCCCCAUAAUAAAUAGUUGGUCCUGCCAACCGAUUACAUCUGUCCCACGACGUCGUUGCCAGCGCAUCACGCCUCAGCAGUCAGAAAGCCCCUCUCUGUCAUCCAUGGUCGCGAGUGCGAUCCAGACAACAUCACAGAUUUAUUCGACAGACCAGCACCAACCAACAGUCCGGCUCGACCUGCCACCUGUGCGCUUCCACUUUGCCCGUCUCCUUCGUGUCUCACCUCCUGGCAUGCCACCCGGUCUGGCUGGUCAGCCUGCAUCUCUGGCACUAGCCCCUUCUGGUGAGUCGGCAGCUCAUCCCGUAGUUGCUGGCCGAGCAGCUGCCGGAUCACUACGACACACCCGUGGCCACGCUGGAAACUUGACAACCGGCAAGCCCUUGGUGGGGGAAACACCAAACACUCCAUUAGCCUAA